UCCGGGACUUGUUCAUCGUGUUUAACUUAACUUUGGCGCUGUGGCUGCAGGGGAGGGAGCUGUGGCUAUUUAAAGAGGGUCAUUCAGCCCCGGAUAAAUAACAGGGGGUCCACGGCGUUGACUAACCGCCUCUAAAUGGUCCUCAUCCUGCACCGUGCAUCUGUCUGUGGCCACUUAUUGUUUAUUAGUCCAGACUGAGGCCGCUUCCCUGCUGUGACAACCAUCCGUCGACCGGACUCAAACCAGCUCAGAUCAGCUCUUCUUCCCCCCCUUUUUUUUUUUUCUUCUUCUUCUUUUUCCCCUUCCCUUCCCCUCCACCUCAUUUUUUCUGGGAUACGUGAGAAAUGGGUAAAGAUUACUACAAAACGCUGGGUAUCGCUAAAGGAGCCACAGACGAGGAUGUAAAGAAAGCGUACAGAAAACAAGCGCUGAAAUGGCACCCGGACAAAAACAAGUCUGCGGCCGCGGAGGAGAAAUUUAAGGAAAUCGCCGAGGCAUAUGAAGUCCUCAGCGAUCCGAAGAAAAGGGAAAUUUAUGACCAGUAUGGAGAGGAAGGUCUCAAGGGCGGAAGUGGACCCACCGGCGACGGUCAGGGAAGCACUUUCACCUACACCUUCCAUGGGGAUCCUCACGCCACCUUCGCCACUUUCUUUGGCGGCUCAAACCCCUUCGAGAUGUUCUUUGGGCGCAAGGCCAAUGGGCGAGAGGAUGAGGACAUGGAGGUGGACGGAAACGACCCCUUCGGCUCCUUCACCACCUUCAACCUGAACGGUUUCCCGCGGGACGGCCACAUCGGCCUGGGAGGGCAGCAGCGCCGGAAGCAAGACCCGGCCAUCGUCCAUGAACUGAGGGUCUCCCUGGAGGAGGUCUUCCACGGCUGCACCAAGAGGAUGAAAAUCUCUCGCAAAAGGCUAAAUCCAGAUUGCAGGACCAUGCGCAAUGAGGAUAAGAUUCUCACUAUCGAGAUCAAGCGGGGCUGGAAAGAGGGCACCAAGAUCACGUUCCCACGGGAGGGAGACGAGUCGCCAAACACCAUUCCUGCUGACAUUGUUUUUGUCAUCAAGGACAAGCCACACCCUCACUUUAGGCGGGAAGGCUCCAACAUUGUGUACCCUGUUCGCGUGAGCUUGCGACAGUCGUUGUGCGGAUGCUCGGUUACCGUGUCGACGAUCGACGGGAAGACGUGCAACAUGAAGAUCACAGAUGUCAUCAAGCCUGGCAUGAGAAAAACUGUUGCCGGACAGGGUCUCCCCUUCCCCAAAAACCCCGAGCAGAGAGGCGACCUGGUGGUGGAGUUUGACGUGAACUUUCCCGACACGUUGCCCGGCAACGCCAGGGAUGUGCUGAAACGGCAUUUACCUGCUUAGGAUGAAGGACACGGCCUGAGCGAGGGCAGCUGACCGCAUGACAGCACUCAACCCCCUGUUGCCAAACACACAAACACACACACACACACAAGGACAGUUCUGACGGCUCACAGAUGGACCCCCCUACUGACAAAUGUGCAAUUUCCAUCUUUGAGCUCUUACUUGUUUUUAUAAAUACCAUGCAUGCUGCCAAGUUGAUACAGGUGAAGGACUGUCUGUGUUGUUGACAUCUGAAAGUACACAUUUUAUGUAUGUGGGUCUUUUCCACAGUCACUUUAUCUUUUUGUUUGUUGGAUGUAUUUGGCUGUGAAUGAGUCUACAGUUGCCAAAAAAACAAAAAAAAACAAAAAAAACAAAACAAACUCCCAGUGAAUCCUGGGAAAACUGCAGUGCCAAACAGUACAUUUUCAUGCUCUCAUUCAGAUUGGACAGGCUUCACCGCUGACGUUUUAACUGUCAGUUCGGAGGCCGUCCUAAAAUUUGUGUACAUGUUAUUCGAGGGGAACGUGGCUUGAGCGAACCGGAUCUGGACCGUCACGCGUGCGUUUUAGAAACUUACAUGUGAAGAUACCGAACGUGAAUUUUAAAAUAGAUAUUUCCACAUGAACUGAUCCUUGAGCUGUUUCGGUCACGGAGAGACAUUCGGUGAAUCCUCCUCCGUGAAGUAAACAGUGCAUUAAAAAUAAUCACUUUAGAACCACUAAUACUGCCUAGGCCUAUUUAUAGUCAGUCUGCAUAGCAAUAUUACACAAAAUGGUCUCUCUGCAGCACCAGGAAAUGAUGUGGUUCUUCAGAAAUACAGUAUAUUUUGAUAGUCAAAUGUGAAUAUUUUGUGGUUGUAAAACUUAUACGGUAAAAUUUCAAAGAUCGAAAAUAAAAAUUGACUGAACUUAA